AUGGAAAAAGAUUUGGAGGCCCUGAAGAGAUGCUACAUGGAGAAUGAAAACGUGGGUCAUCCUCUGACAGACACCGGGGACACUGCACUUCAUGUUGCAGUGUACACCGGCAACAAGGAAUUGUUUAGUUUUUUACUUAAUCUUGCACCAUCUUUGUCUCAUAUUAGGAAUGAACUUGGAAACACAGCACUUCAUGAAGCGGCAGCAACUGGAAAUAUCGAAAUGGCAAAACACUUGUUAAGUUUUGGCGAAAGCCAACUUGACAUAAAAAACAUUAGUGGUGAAACUCCUUUGUUUACAGCCGCUGCAUCUGGUAAGACAGAUAUGGUUAAGUUUUUGACUGUGGAUGCUGGGAAAAGCAACCCGAUUAAGGAAAAUUACUGCACACGAAAUGACUCCAAGUCCAUUCUUGAAAUAGCUAUCCUUGGCAACUACGUUGAUACAGCUUUGGGGUUACUAUAUUGGGAUAAAUCUCUUCUACGCUUUGGCCCGGCAUGUUUUCAACGGCUAGCGAAGAUGCCUUCUGCUUUCAAGAGUGGACAUCCCAUGGGCAUAUUGGAGGGACUGAUCUAUCUUUGCCUUCCAAAUGAUGAUGAUCUUCAUCUUCACAGUGACACUUCAAGUCCAAAAGAGGAUCUUGAAUGUGGCCGUGGCUGGAGUUGUCCCCGCCCAUUUGGCUGCUUAGGUGACCAUAAAGCCAUAUCAAUGAUAUACCGCACUGUUUGGAGGUUCAUAGCUCAAGGAUUGCCAGCAAUUAAAAGACUUUGGGACAGAAAAAAGCAACAAAAGAGAGCGCUGAUACUUGCUACAAUUCUAGCUGUAACUUACGAGACAUGGAUGGUUAAAAAGCUUGAGGAUGAAAGAAACGAAGAAGAUCAAAGUAAGAAAGAUCAGCAACCUUCCUGUACUACUUCAUCUUCUAAUAAUCCAAUAAUUUCAGCUGCAAGAAAUGGGAUCACAGAGAUUGUAGAGGUCAUUCUUAAAAGGAAUCCUCUAGCAAUUGAACACAGAAAUAACAAAAAUGAGAACAUACUUCACAUUGCAGCAAGAUAUCGAAGGAUAGAAAUCUUGGAUCUUCUUCAGCAUUUGCCUGUUUCAAUAUCGAGGUUUAAAAUAUUGAUCAAUGACGAUGGUGACACCAUUUUGCAUCAAGCUGCAUACUUGGGUGAGCAUAAGUUGAGGGACAGGCCAGGGGAAGCCCUCCGCUUGCAGUCCGAGAUACAAUGGUUCAAGCGAGUGCAGAAACUUGUACCUCCAUAUUUGAUCAAAAACCGAAAUAAAGAAGGUCAGACUGCUGAAGAAUUGUUCACCAUCCAACAUAAGCAACUGGUGGCAGAUGGCCAAGAAUGGCUAAUGCGAACAGCAAAGGCAUGCACUAUAGUUGCUGUCCUAAUAGCAACCGUUGCUUUUACCUGUGCCUACACCAUCCCUGGCGGUUCCAACUCAAAAACAGGACUUCCAUUGCUCGACACAGAAAUUCCAUUUCACGUUUUCACAAUCUCAGAUGCGGUAUCGCUCUGUUUCUCCCUGACUUCUGUGGUCGUGUUCCUUUCCAUUAUGACAUCGAGAAUGCACGAAAAGGAUUUCAGGAGGUCUCUGCCAUUGAAGCUAGGCUUGGGACUGACCACAUUGUUUUAUGCCGUAGCAGCCAUGAUGGUUGCUUUUGCUGCUACACUAGUGCUUAUGAUGCGAGAGAGGCUACAUUGGGCUGCAAUUCCAAUUUACACUGUCACUUGCUUCCCAGUUACUAUUUUUAUUGCGCUUCAGUUCCGUCUCUAUCUCAAUAUUUCGUGGUUUACUCUGUGUGAUGUACUACAGAGUCUCGUUAACUCUCUUCCUCUUGGAAAAUGUAAGCUCUGUGGAGUAGCUAUUCAUAAAAUGUCUUGUUCUAGAAUAGGUUGACCAAUACAACUUUUAUAGUUCUAU